AUGAAUCCCUCCAGUUCAUCGGAGACUCAAGUACCGGAGGUAGAGCUAGCAGAGACCAACCAGGAAGACACAACAGGCGGAGAAACUGUAUAUGGCAUGGACCUUGAUGUUUAUACUGCUGCGAAAGAAGGCAAUACUGCUGCCCUGGAAAAGAGAGAGCAUCUUCACCAAAUGUUGUCUCCAACUAAGAACACUGUUCUCCAUAUUUAUAUAGCACGUGCAACAUCAACCAAUCUUGAAGAAAUACACGAGUCAGCCAAGAUUGUCGAGAAGAUGCUUAAAAUAUGUCCGCCUCUUCUGUUGCUGACCAACGAGAAUGGUGACACUGCAUUACACGCUGCGGCUAAACACGGACGCACUGCUAUAGUUAAAGUUCUUGUUCAGGCUGCCAAAGAGGAAAACCAGAAGAGGACCCUGAGUUUUCUCACUCUGCUAAUCGAGAUGGAGAGACUCCUCUUUACAUGGCUGUCGAAAGGGGAUUUCGUGAUCUAUUUUUUCAAAUCCUAUACACAUAAAAAUCCAGCUUACGAAGGACCCAAUGGUAGAACAUGUUUGCAUGCUGCAAUCAUACGCAACGAUAAAGAAAUGACAGGAAAGUUACUAGAAUGGAAAAGGGAGCUGACAAAAGUAGUAGAUGAUCAAGGUUGUACUCCGCUUCACCUUGCUGCAUCAAUGGGUCGCACUUUGAUCGCGAAACAACUACUCGAGUGUGACAGAUCUGCAGCCUACAUUAAGGAGAAAGAACAUAAGAGGACAGCUCUUCACUUUGCAGCUCACUAUGGCCAUGAAGGCGUUAUGAAAAACAUUAUUAGGGAAUGCCCUGAUUGUUGUGAAUUGGUAGAUGACAAACAUCAAAAUAUCCUACACACUGCUAUUAUGAAAGGCCAAGUCGCCUUAGGGCAUAUUGCUCUCAAAGAUCCAUGGCUUAGCAAUGUUCUCUUGAAUGGCAAGGAUGAUAAUGGAGACACACCCCUCCACCGUAUUGCUUAUAACAAAUCAUUGAGUUUUUUUUUUCUUGGUACUAGGUUUGCAACAGAUGCUCGAAUUGACAAUAUGGCAUUUAACAAAAAGAAUCAAAAUGCUUUGAACAUCCUUCAAGAAGAUGAGAGAAAUUUUGCCGGAGCAUACAUGGGACAACGACUUCAAGACAAGCUGAAACAGAGUGGUGUCGUACUUGGUCGCCGAAUUGUACCAAAUGUAAGGAAAACAGAAAAUGUUAACAAGACAGUUAUGAAGAAUGAAGGUGAUGAGAGAGGCGGAAAACUUGGGGAUACUCAUCUGUUAGUGGCUAUACUAAUAGCAACUGUAAGUUUUGCAGCAGGGUUUACCAUGCCUGGUGGUUACCAAAGUGAUAAAGGACCAGACCAAGGCUCUGCAAUUCUAAGUAGAAGUACAGCUUUCCAAGCUUUUGUCGUAACAAAUACCAUAGCCAUGACUUUGUCCAGUUGUGCUGUCUUCUUGAACCUUUAUUCAUCCAUGUAUGCAAAGCGGAACGUAUUGUUUACGACCCUUUACGCAGUAAGCAUGUUCACCUUGUUGGCUUUAGUUGCAAUGGUGAUUGCAUUUAUUACUGGCACAUAUGCAGUACUGGGUCAUUCUUCAGGUCUUGGCAUCACGAUUUGUGUUCUUGGCAGCCUUCUCUUCUUCGUCUUAUAUGAGGUUAUGAUUUAUGAUGAAACAGCACUUCGAGUAGCAAUACCUUUGGUUCCUUUGAGCAUCUUUUUUUUGCUCAUUUUCUUUUUGAUGAUUAAGAUGUUUGCUGUAAUGGGAAAAUUACGUCACCUUUGUGUCGGGAGUAACUCAUCUGCGCCAAAAAGAGAAGGAAGAUGGUCCAACAGUACUCCUGCUACGAGCACCUCUUCUCAAUUACGCUCAGACAAAGAAAUGGUUGUAUACAACAGAUGUUAA